UUGGCUUCGGGCAAUUAUUCCGACCUCACCAUUACCUGCGGAAACGAUAUUCACAAAGUGCACAAGAUGAUUGUGUGCAACCAGUCCGACUUCCUCGCAGCCGCUAUGCGGUUCGGAGGCACAGAAGCGGAACAGGCGACAAUUGAUCUCCCUGACGAUGAUCCUGAAACUGUAAAGUUAGUGAUCGAAUACCUCUAUACUGGCCACUACACAUCCGACGCGCAAGAGCAGCCAGAUGAUUCCAGCCUUGAUUCUACUUCUAAAUCAAGACCUGCUCGCAAAUAUUCGCGUCAUCGCUACCUACGCGAAUGCGGAGAAAACUGCGCUUGGGACUGCGAUAUAUUUGUUUGCAAGCAUUGUACAUAUGUAUGUUUCGGGCAGAAGCCUGAAAACCUCCUGGUCCAUGCAAAGAUGUAUGAGAUAGCCGAUAAAUACCAACUGGCUGGUCUGAAGGCUCUAGCUCGCAAAUUAUUUGCGUCUGAAAUAUUGGCAUCUUGGGAUCAUGAGCUUUUCCCUGCCGCUGCUCACUACGCUUUUUCGACUACAGUAGAGGAAGACAAGGACCUCAGAGAUAUCAUUAUUCGGACUAUCGCUGAACACACGGGGCUUAUCCGCACGACAGAAAUUCAAGCUUUGAUGACGGAAUUCGGUGGACUUGCUGUUGGAGUCUUACUGGCGAAGGCAGAUGAAUCGCUUGCAUCCGGCCAAUACUCUGAUCUUAAGAUAACUUGCGGUCCCGACUCGUAUAAUGUGCACAAAGUCAUUGUAUGUGAGCGAGCAGAAUUCUUCGCACGCGCUAUCAAGUUCGGUGGACGGGAAUCGAACAACAGCACCAUUGACCUUCCUAAGGACGAACCAGCCAUCAUCAAGCUCUUGAUACAAUAUCUGUAUGAGGGCGAGUACGAUCAUAGCCUUCCAAAUGGAUUGAAAAGCAAACAAAGCAUAAUCAACAUGAUACCAUUUCCUCACACUUGCUCCCAAGAUGAUCAAGCUCAGAUAUUCGGACAAUCCUGGUGUGUCGAUCACCAAUGUAUUACGUAUUGCUGCAGGAAAUGCGGCAACUUCAUUUGUCCAGAGUGUCACUCGCACAUCAAAGAAACCGCGCGGUUCCAUGACCCUGCCGAGCAACUCGUCACCCACACCAAGAUGUACGAAAUCGCUGACAAAUACAACGUGGUCGGUCUCAAGGAUCUGGUAAUCGAGAAGUUCAGUCGUGCAUGCGAGCAAUUCUGGUACGACACUUAUUUCGCCAUUGCUGCUCAUCGCGCUUACUCCACAACUCCGGACAACGACAGAGGUCUACGUGACAUCGUUUGCAAGACGAUUGCCCAAAAUAUGGGUGCUCUGAUCAAGAAACCGAGUGUAGAAGCUUUGCUUACCGAGUUCAAAGGCCUGGCACGCGAUCUACUCAAGUUGAAGAUAGACGAGGGCUGGAGGUGA